AUGGAUACCUCCUCAGAUUCGGAUGGAGCCCUGUCACCCGGCGGCGUUUACGGGCAAUUGCCGUACGCGACGACGGUAACCGGUUACGAAGGCCCGGUAGUCAAGUCAUCGCCGUCCCGGCACUCGGAAUCGUCCGGCAGCGGCAGCGUUGACGAACCGUGCACCAAAGCCCAUCACAAGUUCUCCAUUGACCGAAUCCUGGGCCGAUUCAGCGGCGGCAAUGCCGUUGACGCGACGGCCAUCGAAUCCUGCGGCCCCGAGGCCUCGGAUCCCGGGAAAUCGCACCGGAACGAAAUGGCGUUGCGCGGAGCCGGUGAGUGGUGCCGAAAUCCAUAUGAGGGUAAAAAACUUCCGUACUUCCGGACUUGGUCGUCUUGCGGGGACAAGCCUAUGACGAGAAUCACGGGGGAGUGAUUUUUUUCCUUCGAAUUUCCGAACUAAAUUUCAUCUCACAUUUUUCGAUUAUUGCACUCAGAAAAAAAAAAAGACGGACAUACAUCACACGAUAGGUAGGCCGCUGUUUUAGGGGAAAAAUUGGGAACUUAGGAUAUAAAGGGGAUAUAAUGUUAUCCGUACGCAAAGAUUAAUCUUUGCUAACAAAAAACGAUUUUGAGCGGAGUUCGGUUAUUCCUACGUUUUUCCCAUUUAUUAUGAAAACCCCUGGGAAAAUCAAAAAAUAAUUUCCAUAAAGUAUUACCACAGUCAGAUUUCCUUUUAGAAAAACUUCUACACUUGAAAAUUCGGAGCAAAAUUAUUUUCUUCGACUUGACUACACAUUUCUCUGUACCAAUGAUAAUACGUAAUCGGUUUAACGCUGGAUUGCACGAAGUUGCACUAAACGUUUAGCGCUCUAACUGUAUUAUAAUUUACAUUGUUACUAAGCCACCAAUAUAAUAUUGAUUACUAUAUUAUCGUAUCAAUUAUGCAUGCGUGAAGUACUUACUCAAUAAGACCACGAUUCGGGAGGCUGAACCCCAAAGUCCCCGAGUCCCUCUAUUUGUGCUAACGUAUCCGACUCGUUCGUUUCGACGAAUCGAGUGGACGACAAUACGGAAUGCUCCUCCGGCGCGCUUCAAUUAUAUCAUGUACUCAUGUACGAUAAAAUUAUAAAAUAUUUAACGAAAUAAUUUUUGUUUGUUUUUUUAUUUUACACAUAUGUUAUAUAUACAUAUAUAUAUAUAUAUAUAUAUAUAUUAUAGACAGCAUUGGGGAACUGAAUGGUCACAACUUCCCGUACUCGUCGUUACUGUACAGCGGGUGGUUUGCGGCCGCGGCUGCCGCGGCGGUAGCCAACAAAACACCGCCGUCCCAUUUAUUCGGUCUUCAAGGUAAGUGUAAAACUAGAAGUUUUUUUUUUUCAUUUAUUACCGUUUUAUUACAAGUCACAAAUAGACACUGUGCGCUCAUCGGACCGGGUCGAGAAUAUUAUCCGUUCUCAGGUUCCUUUUUAUUUUGUGACGGCAUCGGCCUUAAAGUUAUAAGGAAACAUCGUUUUCGGCGUUUGUGACGGAAUCGUCUCAGAUUUUAUCGAAAUACAAUAGCACUAGUAACAAAAACGAUAACAAACCGUCGGUCUUUUUAUCACGAUGAUAUGAAUAAGACCAUUACAUUCUGUAUUGUCAGGGAUUUCUGAUUGAAAAUGGAACAGAGAUGAUACCACUGGCAUGAUAACACAGUAGCACACACAGAGGGGGGUUUAGAAGUUCAACUCCCCCCUCCCGAAAUUUCUUCUUUCAUUACAUUUUUAUAAAUCAUGUUUUACUGUUAACAACUUACACUACAGAAUAAAAUAAAAUUUAAUAUCAUCAAAAAUCUUUUAUUCAUUAAUAAUAGUGAUAGUACUGUACUUAUAUAAUAUGUGCUAUCUCUUCUCUAGGAAAUUGUUAUAAACAAAACUCCUCCCCAAAAAAAUCGUGUGUGCGCUACUGUCAUCACUGAUGCAAUUAAGGAACACGCGGUGUGUGUAUAAAAUGUAGCAAGGGUAAAAUCGAAAACCCUCCCUUUGGGCAUCUCUGGACAAGAUUAGGCGCAUAAUAUUAUGCAGACAAAAAUUCAGGGAAAGGACGUGGGGGUAAAAUUAAAAUCGUAAAAAUCAUAACAUUUCAAAAUAAGUUUAACUGAACUUCGAAAGUUCUCUCUCUCUCUCUCUCUCUCUUUCUUCUCUUCUCUCUUCGCUCGGUUUUCACUUAUAAUUGAUCGUUGCGUUGAAAUUAAAUAACUCUACAGCAUAUUAACACGUUCCACACUUUCCAUCUGGAACAGUAGCAUGGUCGUCAAUAGUAUCCGGUUUUUUUUUUAUACCCAUUUUCCCAGUAAUAAUAAGAAGAUUAAUGAGAUUAAUAUUAUAUUGUAUUGUCAAUGCAGACAAAUAUAAUUCAAAAAAAAUACUUAUACGAUAUCAAUGUAACAUGCGAGUGAUUUCUUUGUAUGAACGAAUAAUAAUAAUAAUUCUAUUUCAAUUUUUCCGUUGGCUUCUAUAGAGAAACUUUUGAUAUAAAUGAAAGUAAUACUCGUACAAAAUGUCAUAAUAUUAUAAAAUAUUGAUACUCAUAUAUCCGAUCUCAAUGCAUUUAGGCUUUUGGUGAAAUGAAAAUAAACAUUUUCAAUUUUUUUGCUCACACAUACAUAAUAUUAAUAAUAAAUAAUAUGAUGAUAGGAUCACUAUAAUAAAAUUCAGAUUUUGAAGUUUUUUUGUUCUUUGAACAUUUGUUACUAGAUUCGUCAUAAUCAUGUUGUUCUUGCAAAUCAAAAAAAAAAGGAAGAAAAUCACUAAACAUAUCGUUAUUAGUACUAAAACACCACGUAUUUCAAAAUUACCGAAAUAAAUAAUACAAGUGUGUCCGAAAAUUUGAUCGUAUAUAACUCAUUGACUCCUUAUGGACCAAUCAGACAAAAUUUUCUUUUAGAAAAUCGAAAAUAAUGAGACUUAAAUUUUCGUCAAUUCGUCCGUUUUUUCUUUACAUUUUUCGAGUUUUUUUUAUAGUUUUUAUAAAAACUGUUUGGAAAACCAAACAAUGCAACUAGAUACGAUAUUUUACAAAAUUGACUUUGGUCAUUUGACAAUUUGGAAUUACAAAAAAAUGUGGAAAUCACCAUCGAGUUUAUAUUUUAACGUUAAAAAUUAAAAUAUGUGAUCGUUGCGUUUCUAUUCGAAUUUCUCGUACAUUAUAUUAUUCGUAAUUAUAAAUACAAUUUCGUAUAUUACACAUUUUAAACGUUGUAUACGUGUAUAAGUAUUGCUAUUUAAUAUUGGAAUUAUUUAAUUUCCCGCGAGCGUAGUUUGAUGGCACACACACGACCUCAUAUUAUAUCCUCUGUAUUAAUGUAUUGAGACGUUCAUCAAAUUCUUUGAACUUUGCGAAACACGAAUACGCGCGCUCGACGUUGUUAAUAUUAUUUUACUAACACACCUCUAUAAUAUACCCAUUAUCGUUUUGAUACAUAAAUACAUAAUACCUUGAUAUUAUUUACUUUCAGUACAAUGUAUAAAAAAAAAAAAAAUAACCGCUGACCCCACUAAAGUCAAACGGAUACCCGUCGAACGAUCGUUAUUAUACUGAAAUUAACAUUACGUUUUUUUUUUUCUACACUUAUUACAUACUAUAUAAUAUAUUAGUAUAAUUUAUGCCAGGUUGGGUCUUACAGAGUUGACCCGUACAUCCGCAGAGGCACUCCGUUCGACCACGAAACCACUCGCCAACUGGAUUUAAGUACGUUAUACACACUUAGAAGCGCGAACCGUUUACGAAUAACGCGGGGACGAAAUAUAAAUUACCAAAAUAUCCACCCUUGGAAAAAAAAAAAAUUCCUCACUUCAUUCUUAUAAUAUAAUAUUUAUUAACUAUUUAAUUAUUUAUUUAACUAUUUAUUUAUUUACUCGGAAAUCAUUAACAACGAAUACCCACAUGAAUGUAUGACGACGAUGACGACUCAUAUCACAAUAUAAUUAUAAUAAUAAUAAAGAUUUAUUUAUUUAGCAGUAUAAUUGCGUUUUACAAUUUUACAUGAUUACAAAUAUUUACAAAUUGUACUGCAUCGUCUAUCACUAAAGAUAAAAUCCUUGUUUUGAUAGGCGAGAGUCUCUAUAGACGAAAAAAACCGAUAAAAAUAAACGCUAGAAAAAAGAGAACAAAUCAAUUAAAUAGUAAUAAUAAUAAUGAUAAUAAUAUAAUAAUAUUAAUAAUACUAAACAUCAUUUGAUUAGUUAUGAUGGGAGGGGAGGGUCACCUACCGCUACUCUGGAUUCACGUCUGACCGAUCAAUCUUGUAUUUAUUCUUACAAAUGUGUAUCGACAUAUCAUGUGAUCAUUGAACAAUUUAAAUAAACUCGUUCGGAAAUUGGCACCGUCGUGUGGCGUACCGCGGUAGUUGAUGCAGGCUUUACCUAUAAUAAUUUCAACUAUACUGCAAUAUGUCAAUAUUACAUUAAUUGUUCUGUUAUCACUUAUUUGUAUACCGUUUCGGUGCUAUACAUUCUACAUAACGAAAUGUUUUUAUGUCCUUGUAUCUACAAGACUGUAAUUUAUUAUUAAGUCUAAAAAUGACCACCGACCGAAAUUACCUACUCACCCACUUACCAAAUGAAUGGGGGGGAGGGGACAAUUGCCCUUCAUGUCUGCCUAGGUUUGCGGCUCUGGCACUCUGAAACGUUAAUAUAGGAGCUCAAAACUCAAUUUUUUUUCUUUGUUAACAAAAUAUGAAGUAUCUAGGUAUAUAAAUAUCACGUCUUGACUCUUACAAUAUUGGAGUCGUUUAGUCACGUGACGAUACUACACACAUCUACACAUCUAAACCGGUUUCAGACAUUCAAGAAUUAUAGUAAAAUAUCGAACCAUAGGCGUAAUCUCGGGUGGGGGUGCAAGGGUUGCACUUGCAACCCCUUGAACUUUUGUGGAGUGCAAUACUAUCAUUUUGUACCCCCACAUAUCGAAAAUAAACCCUGAUUUGUUGUGCAAAACCACGUCGGGUAAUAUUUUAUUUUAUGUGCAGUUUGUUAAUAUGUGACCGGGUCAGGUUUCCAAAAAAAAAUCUCUCAUCAUUUUUCGUACUAGUGAUAUUCACCGCUUAUAAAUGUGGAUUAUGAUACCACAAAAUAUAUUAAUGAUGAAAACGUGAAUACGCGUAUACGAGAUCACGAAAAUUGUUACUAUACUAUCAAUAAUCAUUAGGAAACGGAUUUAUAUGCACUUUAAAACAGCAAAAAUAUUCUAAAUCGUUAAAAUAGAACUUCAAAAUAUUUAAUAAAAGUAAAAGUAGUAGAGUGGUUUUAGUCCUACCUUUAAUGGUUUUACUUUGGGGGACUUUUAAACUCCUCUAUCUUUAUCGUUCUUUUAAAUAUUUUUAAGUGAAUUUUUUAGGCCUUUUUGACGUUCUUAAACGUAUUUUAUGGAUUUUAAAGUGCAUAUAAAUCCGUUCCGUAAUGAUCAUGUAGUCUUUGUAAGCCGUUUUACUUACUAGCAAUUAAUAUUAUAAAUAUACAUAUUUAUUAUUAAAUACACUUUUUCUGGAUUUUUUUUAUUAUUUAUUAGUUACUUUAUUACUAUUAUGUACGUAAAUGUCAGUUUUGUACUCCCUGAAUUUUAGCAAAAAUUACGCAAAAUUAAAUAAUUUUCAGAUAUAUUUUUAAAAAAAAUGUGUAACCAUAAUAUAAUUUUAUUGUCAACAAAAUAUGAGGUAGGUACCUAUAAAUAAAUAACACGUCUUGACUCUUACAAUAUGAAGGUCGUUUAGUAACAUGAUGAUAACACAUACAUACAUACACACAUACAAAGUUCCCGAACUAUUUGUAUUGCGUGCCAUCAAACAUUUUUGGGUGAUUUAAAGAAGAUUUUUUUUCCAUUUUUAUAAUUACUUUUCAAUAAAAUGUUUUUAUUGACAUUUACCAUACCAAAAAUUUACUGAGAAAACUUGAACUUUGAUUAGUUUUUGAUACUUUUUGAUUGAUUUAGAACUACUUGUAUACCUAUGCAUAAAAUAAAUUACAAUUGUCGUCAUACAUUUUUGAGCAUUUUUAUGAAAUCAAAAAAGUUGUGUGCGCAUAAAUUUCAAAAAAAUGUUCAAUAAAGGACGACUGGUGAUACUUUACUGUAAGGUACCACCGGACGAAAAUUUUGCGCCGUGUAAGGUUUUGUGCGUGAAAAACAUUUAAGCAAUUUUUUUUAAAAAUAUUAAUAAAAUUAGGAACUUUGAAAACAAUGUCAAAUAAAGUACUAUCUGGUGAAACAUGAAUGCUUUCGAGGUACAGCAUGUAAAAAAUCGGAGCAUAUUUUACUAACCAAAUAGUGCUAUUCGAGAAAAAACUAUUAUGUUAGUAAAAUACGUUGUUAGAUGAUCCAGUUGCUACUCGAAUAAUUAAUGCCCCCCCCCCAUGCUUCUUUAGGUUUGCACCUUUGUAAGUUAUACACAUGCACACAACACUAUACGUUUAUAUUAUAUGUACGCUUUGGAAUUAAUGUUUAUAAUUGUUUUAUUUUCCGUGUCAAACAAUAAAUUUAUGUGAUGUGUAUCAUUUAUGUGGCGGCACGGCGAGCGACGUUUCAUUUAUGCUCCACUAUUCUCUCCUUACCCAAAUUAAACAUCAGAAUAUAUCGUAAACGGGUUGAUGGAAAUCAAAAAUGUUAACAGCAAAAUUUAUUUAAAGUAAUACUCUGUCUAUUUAUGAAAUUUUUAAUAUAGGUUCUCAUUUGAAAAACCAAAGUUGAUAUCGCCACAGGAUACUCCUUAAAUGUUAUGAAAAAUCGAAGUAUUCGAAAAUAUCGGCUUUAACCACACUUAAAAAUUUCAAAAAUCAGAACUUGAAUGUCUACAAAAUUUAACCGAAAAAAUGGGGUGAAAACGUUUAGUGAAUCAUUCUGUAUAAUAUGAUCCCUAUAUACUUUUUACGCAUACGUAAACUACUUAUAAGAUUUUUUUUGCAAAAACAAUAUCUUCCUUAACAUUUUUCAGACUUCAGACUGGUAAUAUAAUUGUAUUAAUGGUAUGGUUUAAAAUAUAAAAACGUAUGAAGGUAAUUAAUUUGUACUAGUUAAUCAUGCGGGAAACAGGAUUAUUUUAUUUAGCGCGGAUGACAGUUUAAAAUUUCUAAAUAAAUCAAUUACAUUUUACGCCAACGAACAUUUUUAUACUAUACACAAUUUUUUUUUACCAAUUUUUAACAAUUUAUGUAGUAAAAAACAAUCAUUAUGUCCCUUUAGUUUUUACUUUACUGAAAAAAAAAAAACAGGAACCCUAUAUAGAUAUUUUUCGAAUUAUUAAUAACUAUUGUUUAAUUAUUAAUAAUGAGUUUAAUUUAGAAAGUGUUUACGUAUGUUAACUUCGAAAUAGCCAUUUAUAAUGCAAUAAAUGAAGUUUGGCUAUUGGCUAAAGUGCGUGGUUGUUGGUUUCACCUUGGGCAAUCAUCGUACAAAACAAUAAAAAUUGUUAGUCUUUCAUCGAAGUACGUAUAUAUUUUCCUACGUUUUUUCCUAGUUUUUCCCAUUUGUUAUGAAAACUCCUGAGAAAAUCAAAAAAUGAUCUCCUUAAAGUACCUCUUCAGUCAGAUUUUCUUUCAGAAAAAGUGCUACACUUAUAAAUCGGAGCAAGAUUUCUGGUGAAAAAUUGUCCACAGAAAAAAAAAUAAACAUCAUUGUAAAACCAUACGUUUCUUCGCUUCACUCGGAAUAUAAAAUAUAAGACAAUAAAUAUAAGCCACGUAUAAAUUAUAGCUAAACAUUGAUUUAUGUAUAAAUAACGUAACACUGUAUUCACAAUGUGUUUAAUUUUUAUUUCUUUGUACGCAUAAUAUAAAAUGAAGUCGCUGUUUUUUGUUCGGAAUAAACUCCGAAACGGCAGAAUAGAUUUCAAUGCGGUUUACACUAAUGGAUCGGUCUCGGGGAAGGUUUAUAGCUAUUGACAUCAAUACCCUAUUGAAAAUCAUCCGCCGAAAUUCGGUUUUUAGGUAUUAUUAUCAUUUAUUUAUUUGGAUUACCUUAGUAACACGGAUGAAAUUAAUUAUUAUAUUAUAUUGAAAAAUUAAAAGGUCGGUCAUAAACGCAUCUAUGGUAUCUAUGUGCCAUAUUAUGCAAUAAAACUGUAAACUGUCUUUAAAAACCUUUUGAGUUUUAGUCAUGCCUUAACAAAGAUCUAUGACAAUAUAGGACGCAACACGGCAAAUGCUAAAAGAGCACGCUUAGUACGUAAUAAUGAAACUUCUGGUGAUCGAGACCAUAGACAUUAUGUUUACCCAGAAAUAUCUAACAUUUCUACUGAGACCUUGAGUUGGUUUCAGAAAAGAGCAAUAUUGUCAUCAACUAUACGAGCAAGUCAAUAAAAUAAACGACAUGGCACUGUUCAAUGCACCAACAAAAAUGUACUAUUCUAAUGUACAGUUGAUACUGUUAUUGAUAGAGAGGAGGCGGUACAGUAUUCAACUGAAUUAUUUAAUUAUUUAACCCCUCCAGUGACUACACCGCAUAAAUUAAUUCUAAAGGUAGGUUCUCCUAGAAUAUUACCCCGGAACUUAUGUCCACCUGGAAAAUUAUGCAACGGUACAAGAUUGAAAAUAAAAUCUUUAAAAAUCUGUCGGCUCGAGUGUAUGAUUCUCGUACUGGCUGUGGAAACGAGUUAAAAUUUAAAAACGAAAAUAUUAAUUAUAUUAUUAUAAUAUUAAUAAUAUAAUUAUAUUAUAAUAAUAUUAAUAUAUUAUUAAUAUUAUUUAUAUAUAUAUCUCAAGUAUCUUAAAUUAUAUCAAAUUUAUAUCUAUAAAUCACAAUUUUCAUUGGUCUCCCACGUUCUUCGUUUCUUACGUCAAAAUCGCCUCAUUUUAAUUUUUAAACCACUCGAAGAACUGUGACUUUUCAAGACCAUGCUCACCGUAAGCUUCGACAAACGUUCGAUGUGAUUCUGCAGCAGUUUUUUUUUUUUCAAAUGGUAACAGAAAAUAAUGCUGUACACAAAUCGUAAUUUCACUACCACAAAAUUCGACAUGUUCAAUAUCUAUUAUGUCUAUCAUAUUACAAACUAUGCAGUUAUAUGAAACUUGUAUUAUUAUAAGUUGAACAUCUUUUUUCAAAUAUUAACGUGUAAAUAACUUCCAUUGUUACAUUGAUACCUAGAGGUAUUUAUAGACAAAUUCCGAUUUUAUAUUUACAUACCUGAUAUAGUUGGAAAUCAUUAUACAGAGUGAUUUUUUUUAUCAUGAAUCAGUUAUUAUCUCAGAGGAUUUUAAGUGAGUUUAUUUCUGUUUUUUCUAAUUAUUAUUGAACCGUUUAACCAAUUUCUAAUUUUUUACCCCUACUCGGGUAAUAAAUUGCUUAUCUAUGAUCCUUAUCUACUCUUCCGGUCUUAACUUUAAACUGUUAUAACUCAUAAACGGUAACUCUGAUAUUAGUGGUAUGCAUAUCAAAAUGUUUAGAAAAAUAUUCUCUAUACAAGCUGUGUUCAAAAAGGGGGGGGGGGUUCUUAUUUGAAAAUCAAAAGAAUGUACUUAUUUAAGGUAUAUGGAUUAGGGGUAAAAAAUUAAAAAUGGUUUUGAAAUAAAGCUUAAACGAUUCCAUAGUGAUUAGAAAAAACAAAAAUCAAAUUCACUUAAAAUCCUCGAAGAUAAUUGCUGGUUCAUGAUAAAAAUAAACACUCUGUAUACCAUAUAUCACCGUAUACCUACGUACAUAAUAUGACUAAAUAUUGUAUUCAUUAGAAUCGAUUAAAUUGAUUGUUCAUGCAUAGAAAUGUACCAACUAGAGGUCUGAAUGAAAUGUUUCUCUACCAAUUUUAGCCAAAUGUCAAUAAUUACAUCAUACAACUUGCAUAAUUAGGUAGGUAUCCCGCAAAUUUUAGGCGAGGAAAAAAUCGGAUAGAAAACAAAACAAAACAAAACGUGUAGAGACGUUCUAGAUAAAAAAAAAAGAGGUUAAAUUGACUGUUGAAAAUAGGCCGAGAUUGGUAAAAGACCGCGGAGAGAUUUACGGGAAAGUACUUAAUAUAAUAUCAUAAUCUGUGGGUCGUGCGACUGCGGUAAGUCUCUAUGGUCAGUCUAUACCUAUCUUCUAGAUUACCAGGUACCCUUUUCGAUUUUCAAUUGUGCUGAAGGUUUUGCACUUGAAUACUUGCUCCAAUCAAAAACAUCAUAGGGUCAUUGUUUCAGCAUUUUGAAUUUUAAUUGAUACCUCAUAAAGUUGAUAUGGGAUCGACUACUCUUAGAAUCCGGAAAAAUUACCUAAUAAAUGCAAUAAUUACUCGUAUAAUUAGUUCAGAGGGUUUGGAUUUAUAGCAUAUCGAUAGCAUAUAGUAUAGUAAAUUGGUUGAAUUAUGUAAAAUAUGUGUAAAAGAAAAAAAAAAUGUAAACGUGUUUUUAUUUUAACGGUAGUUUUUUAAAAAAACAUUGUUUAUGUGUAUAGCUCCGAAAACGGUCGGUCGAAGGUCCAGAAAACCCGGAUUGGACCGAAAACCCAGACAAGCGUACAGUGCGAAGCAACUCGAAAGAUUGGAAGCCGAAUUCAAAGUGAGUAAACCGAGAUCAGCCAUCCGAAUUUACAAGAUUUAAUAGAGAAAAAUUCAAUCAGGUUUUUUACAUAUAUUGAAGUAAACCGUCGUUGCGAACACUCGCGUUCUAAACACUCCGAUCACAAUGCCUUUAAAAUCGAUUUUAGAUUUGAUCGGUCAUGAAAUGUGUAGACGACAAAACAAUGAAAACAAAAUUUUUGGCGUUUUACGAUUCUCUAAAUAUUUAUUAUUUAGACUAAUUCUCGUUAGUCUCAUUUUUAUCGAAAGUACAAUUCGUAUUAUAUUAUAUUGUUGCUACGUCAUACAUACGUUAAUAUUAAACGAAAUAAAAUGUCAUCGUUAAUUUCCAUUUAAAAACAAUUUCGACUGCAUGUACGUUUGUGUUACACGAGUACGUAAAUUGUCUUUAAGUUGUCCAUUAGAAAGAAAAUAGGAACGAUGGUAGGAGGGGGAAAUGGCAUCGUGACAAUGUAACGGCGUUUCGUAUAGGCAAUUUUAACGGUUUUUUCAACCAAAAAUAUUAAAGUGUGUGGACGCGAAAACGUUACAGAAUUCACUCGAAAACGGUCUCGUACGCUCUCCAAAGUGUUUUUACUCGUUAUAAAAAUGUAAGAGUUUACGACAUUAUAAUAUCAUAUCCACAUGGUGUGUCGUAAUCUCAUAUAAAAAAAUGAACUAUUGUUCCGCAGACGGACAAAUACUUGAGCGUAAGCAAGCGCAUGGAACUGUCCAAGGCGCUGAACCUGACCGAGGUGCAGAUAAAGACGUGGUUCCAGAACAGACGGACGAAAUGGAAGAAGCAACUGGCGUCCAAGCUGAAGAUCGCCCACCGGCACGGUUACUUCCAACCGGUCCAGCAUUACGCGUCCCUGUUCGCGCCUCAUUGUUACUUCCCGGCGGCCGCGGCGGCUGCAGCUGCGGCGGCCGGCGGUAGCGGCCCCGGGACUCAAAACUUCGGUUGCGUGUUGUCGCCGCCGCCGACCGCGCAGACGUCCGCAUCGUCCGCGCACGAACUGCAGGCGUGCGCCGAGAUGGAAGCGCUUGAACAGGCCGUCACGUCAUGCAAACCGGAACAACUCCAACGAUAA